UGUCACAUUUGAAGACAGACACUGAGGAUGAGGAACCAACUGAAAAAUAUGAAAAUAUUGGAAAUGCAGAAUCUCUGUGGCCAAAAGUGGAAGGUCUUCACAAGGAUUACAUGCAGGAAUCUAAGGCUUUCUUGGCAAUACAGGUGCUGGAGAUCAAUGCAGGAAGAGUUGGUGAGGAUCAAGCUCCCACCAUGUUAACCAUGACUGUUUUGAGGUAAUGUCCUUUAAGAUCUCGAUAACGGGAAGUCCUGGAGGAGGGUAGGAAAAGUUCCUCCUCUCUUGGAUGCAAAACUUAGGGCCAAUAUUCCAGUGAAUGCAAUAAUUUUUUAUUUAUUUCUCUUCCUAUUUAUAGUCUCCCCAUCUGCAACAUGAGGGAAAAGAACCAACUCACAAGGUUGCUUUAAGGAUUAAUGAAAAGGCACCUUUUUGUAAAUAUUCAUACAAACAAAAUUGACUAAUGAUCUAUCUCAUUUUUAAAACUUAAAGGAGUGGGAAGGAAAAUAUAGAAGAGUAGGAAGGUAAGGUGGGAACUAGGUUGAUGGACACAGAAUGAAAGUAGCAGGGAACAUCAGCUAGGACCUUGGUCCUGUGAGACCAAAAAAUAAUUUGUAAGCAGCGAAGAGAGGCACCCACUGAGGGUGUGGUGCUGUAAGCUGGAAAAGCACCUGUGCUCUUGCCCACCUGCUAGUGUGCCCAUGGAAUGUUUCCCCCUCCCUACUGCCCCAAGCCCUCCUGCCCUCUGCAUCUCCCCCACUGCAGAGUGUCUUGGGCCCCUACAUCCUAGGCCUGUUUACAUUCAAACUUGCCCUCCCUGAGUGGGAUCCUGAGCAGUUGGUGGAGGAGGCUGCUUUCUCAUCCUGGCCUUGGUUCUCCAUCUGGAAUGGCCAAGUGGCUGCGGUCAGAUCUCAGCCUGUGGGGAUGACUUCAGGAGGAGUGUAUCCAGUGCUGGGCCCGCAGGGGACCAUGAACCUUGGCACCUUUGCGUCAUCUUUCACAAUGCUGCCCUCAGCCCCUCCUGUCCCCGGCCCCCCACACUGGGCCCCCUGGCAGCAGCACCCACCGAACCUCCUGGGCCCAGUGUUGCUUCCAGGAAGCACCCUGGUGCUGCUGGCUUUCCCCAGCAUGCCAUUGGUGGCAGAACAGGCCAGCUGUGGCCCAGGCUGGCCUGGGGCCUGCAACAUCACUGUGCAAGUCAGGCCAAAACAGAGGCCCAUGCAGGCCCCCCAGGCUCAGACCUUUGUUGUGAUUCAGGCCCCUCUCCAUGGAAGCACUCUUGGGGCCCUCUGUGGGGGUGCUGUGUGUCCUGUGCCCCAGUUUUUCAUGGUCUCUGCACUGAAGCCCAUCCUGCCCACCCCUUCUGCCAAGAGCACCCAGGCUAGUGAUGGAGGCUGGUCCCUGCACCGUCCACCUCAAGCUGUAGUGCCAGGUGCCCAGCUGGCCUCUGGCGAGCUCCCAGCAAUGGCCAGGCCUCAUCCACCUGGGGCUGCUAGGAACAGCAGCCUGGCCUGCUCGCAGCCCACCGCCUCGUCCGGGAACACCUGCCACUGCACCAGCAUGUACGAAAAGUUCUGGCGCUGGCAGCACUACAAGCCCCUGGCCCGCAGGCACCUGCUCUGGAGUCCCGAUGCGGAGGCACUGUCCUGCUUCCUCAUGGUCGCGACAAGUGGUGCCGAAACCUGGGAAUCGCUAAACCUCGUUGCGACCUGAUCCGCUGACCCUGGUGCCUGCUGAUGAACGUCGCUGGACGCCGUUUGGUCGGCUGGCCAGACCGGGAGAGGGAACCGAGGAGGGUUCAUGGAGUUCGAGGCCGAGGAGGCGAGGCAAUGUCAGAACGCACAGUGGAUGAAGGCGGCACAGGGCGUGCCUCCUCCAGCACCCCUCAGGCCUGUUCCUCGGGCGCCCUCAGCCCCAGAGCGGGGCCAGAAGCGAGCAUGCAUCCCCAAGAAGGCCGACGCCAGGGCCCAGCCUGCCACCACCCAACCACAGCGAUGCCAGCAGAGCCCACGCACCGAGGCACCGAUGGAGAUCCCUCCCAAGCUGGAGCAGAACCUGGAGUUCAUGGAGGGGCUGCUGGGGCCUGGCUUCCCAGCUGAGCGUGUGCCCAGUGGAGAAUGGGGAGAGGAGAGCUCCGAGCAACCACAGGGAGAGGAGGGCGCCUACCUGGACCCAGGUCUCCUGAGCCACACUGAUGAUGAGCUUUGUUCCCAGGAAGACUUUCUCACCAAGGUGGACGCAGUGCUGCACCCAUGCUUCCUGGCAGAGUUGCCCUCCCCAGAACCCCAGCUGGAUCUCUUGGCCCUCGCUGAGGAGCUGGAGCAGGAGGAAGGACUGUCCUUGGCACAGCUGGAGCAGAAGCAACUCCUGGAACUGAAGCAGGAGGAGGGUGUGCAGGCCCCCCCAAGUCACGGCACACCCCGACUGGACCCAAGGCCUUCUGUGUCUGAGGCUGGCCAGGAUCCCCAGAGUCACGGCCAUGGCUCCCAGCUCGGGGUCAGCGACCAAGCUUGCCCACCAGAGGCUGAUUGUGGGCAGCACCAGGCGCACAGCCUAGCAGAUGCUGGCGUGCCCAGGCCCAAAGCCUUUGCUGCCUCUCCAGGACACCAGGAGCCCCCUCCCCUGAAGGCUGCCUGGUGGCCCCCUGCCCCCCAGGCUCGGUGCCGCACUUCCCCCAGCCUGGGGUCCAGGCUCGCCACUGCUCCGGGAGAGAUCUGUUUUGCUCGGGAGACCCUGGGGCCCAUGGGAAGGCCCAGUGAGGAUGAGGAGGAGGUCCCCAGCCUGGCCUUCCUCCUGUCCUCUCAGCACACGCUGCCAUCCCGGGGACUGCCCCAGAGUCCUGCUCCAGGCUCAGACCUCCUCCACCCUGGAGUACCCCAGGCCCUCUCUCCCCAGAAGCCGGGCCUCAGCCCCGCUGGCCCUCCAGCUGGCAAGGCCAGCAGUCGGGCCCCGUGUGCAGGCCAAGCCCCUGCUGAGAGGACACCCCUGCCAGGGGCCAGCCUUGGGGUCGCUGAGGUACCAGCCUUGGCUCUGGGGCUGGGCCACCCUUCACAGCCCCAGAAGAGAAGGGGGUCCCUUUUGUCACAGGGAAGGGUAGGAAGCAGCACUGCAGCCAGUAGGGAGGAGUCGGCCCUCCAGGGCAGCUUCGGGCUCCUCCACAUCCCAGUCCUGAUCCUGGCUGCUGUGGGACGGGGGUUGGAUAGCUCCCGAGAGCCCACUGCCCCCAUAACCCCCCCAUCCCACCCUUGCUCCUCUGGAGACCACUUCUGGGAGUCCCCAGGACACAGCGUCAUCACAGGACCCCAAACGUCUAAGGAUGGCAGCUGCUUUGGCCCUGUGCCCUCUGCAGCACCAGCCCACUUUCUGGACAGAGCCUGCAGAUAG